AAUGGUCAUUGGUAUAAAUACGGUUUACCUAGCCCAGAUUACAACAUUCGUGUUGGAGUAUUUGGCAAUAUGCGGAUUCUUGCUUUGGUAGCCCUUUGCUUCGCGACCGUUGCAGCGGUCCCUACUGGUUUACAAAGGAUUGUGGGUGGUUCACUCACUACAAUCGAUCAGUACCCUUCUAUUGCUGCACUCCUGUGUUCUAGUUGGUUCAAUAAUUAUCAGCAAUGUUGUGGCAGCAUCAUCAUAAAUAACCGAUCCGUUCUAACCGCUGCUCACUGCACUGAGAAUGAACCGGCUAGCAAUUUUAGAAUCCGCGUUGGCUCCUCUUUCCGAAGCAGUGGUGGUGUUGUUCACAACGUCAUAUUGAACAACAUCCACCCCGCGUAUAACUCCUCGACCUUGGACAGUGACAUUGCCAUCCUUCGCUCCGCCACCGCCUUCUCCUUCAACAAUAAUGUUCGCGCUGCUUCCAUCGCUGGUGCCAACUACUACCCCGGUGACAAUCAGGCUGUCUGGGCUGCUGGAUGGGGUGACACUUUCUCUGGUUCUGGCGUUGGCUCCGAACAACUCCGUCACGUCCAGUUGGUAGUUAUCAACCAGGAGAUAUGCAAACGCCAGUACGAAAAUUUUCCCAACACGAUUACCGACAACAUGUUGUGCUCUGGCUGGCCCAACGGUGGUCGCGACACUUGCCAACGUGAUUCUGGUGGUCCACUGUAUCACAAUGGGGUCGUCGUUGGUGUCACUUCAUUUGGUAACAAAUGUGCUGAACCUGGUUACUCCGGUGUGAGCGUUCGUGUAUCCCGUUUUUCUUCUUGGAUUUCAGCUAAUGCAUAAACCUGUUUGGUUUUUUUAAUAAAUGUCAUAUGAAUUUUAAGACUAUU